GUGAUGAGCAGUAUAAGGAGGACAUUCAUACAGGAAAAGAUCUGGAUAAUAUUAAUGCUACUGAUAUGAAGGAAGAAGAGACAGAUGUGAGCGGUGAUGAGCAGUAUAAGGAGGACAUUCCUACAAGUAACCACCCAUAUUCUUGUACCAGGAGAUCAGAGGAGAAUCUUAUAUCUUCAGAUUAUAAAGCAGAUGAUGAUAUCACACAAGAUACAUAUGAAGAACAUUCCAUUAUCCCAGAUACACCCUCAGCCCUUCACAGCCAAGAUCUGUCAUCUCAUCCUUAUAUACAGGUCCUGUCUUCUCAUUCAUCACAGGAUGUUCAGCAAAAAAACGGUCACAGAAGGGAUGUUGGACAUCAACGAGCUCAUACAGGAAAGAAACCAUAUUCAUGCUCAGAAUGUGGGAAAUGUUUUCCUUUUAAAUCACGUCUUGUUGUACAUCAAAGAAAUCACACAGGAGAGAAGCUAUUUUCAUGCUCAGAAUGUGGGAAAUGUUUUCCUUUUAAAUCCGGUCUUGUUGUACAUCAAAGAACUCACACAGGAGAGAAGCCAAUUUCAUGCUCAGAAUGUGGAAAAUGUUUUACUAGGAAAUCACAUCUUAUUCAACAUCAAAGAACUCACACAGAAGAGAAGCCAUUUUCAUGCUCAGAAUGUGGAAAAUGUUUUACUCGGAAAUCACAUCUUAUUCAACAUCAAAGAACUCACACAGGAGAGAAGCCAUUUUCAUGUUCAGAAUGUGGGAAAUGUUUUACUUUAAAAUCAAGUCUUGUUCAACAUCAAAGCGCUCACACAGGAGACAAGCCAUUUUCAUGUUCAGAAUGUGGGAAAUGUUUUACUCUGAAACCAAAUUUUAUUAAACAUCAAAGAACUCACACAGAAGAGAAGCCAUUUUCAUGCUCAGAAUGUGGGAAAUGUUUUACUGUAAAAUCAAGUCUUGUUCAACAUCAAAGAGCUCACACAGGAGAGAAGCCAUUUUCAUGUUCAGAAUGUGGGAAAUGUUUUACUGUAAAAUCAAGUGUUGUUCAACAUCAAAGAGCUCAUACAGGAGACAAGCCAUUUUCAUGUUCAGAAUGUGGGAAAUGUUUUACUGUAAAAUCAAGUUUGGUUCAACAUCAAAGAACUCACACAGGAGAUAAGCCAUAUUCAUGUUCAGAAUGUGGGAAAUGUUUUACUUUUAAAUCCGGUCUUGUUGUACAUCAAAAAACUCACACAGGAGACAAGCCAUUUUCAUGUUCAGAAUGUGGGAAAUGUUUUACUCUGAAACCAAAUCUUAUUCAACAUCAAAAAACUCACACAGAAGAGAAGCAAUUUUCAUGCUUAGAAUGUGGGAAAUGUUUUACUCAGCAAUCACAUCUUAUUCGACAUCAAAGAACUCACACAGGAGAGAAGCCAUUUUUAUGUUCAGAAUGUGGGAAAUGUUUUGCUCUGAAAUCAAGUCUUGUUGUACAUCAAAGAACUCACACAGGAGAGAAGCCAAUUCAGAGCAGUAAAUGAUGCAGAUAACACAUCUAUAUAUUAUCCAUGUACAUAGGAUAUCUGACAUUUAUACAUAUAUCAUAUACUGCAUCUCCAAACUUGUUACCAAUUGUUAAUAAAAGUUUUCUUUCUUAUAUUAUUUAUUAUUCUUAUAAUCAUCUCCGCACACUGGACUUAUAAUAAAUGUAAUAUUGUCCCUGACGUUGUAUAUAGGGAAUGUAACGUGUCAGUGUUGUCCCCGCCCCCUUCUCAUUAUGAUUAUAGAGACUUUAAUUCAAGGCAUCAGACAGGAUCCGCGCGUCUCCCUUGAAGAUCGUCUCUUCUGAACAUAAGACGCUGCAGAUACUUUUAUUUAUCACAAACCCUAGACCAGCGUUUCCCGUCUUGACGUCUAUUUUCGGUCUCAAAUCUUAAAAUCCAUUUUUCUAUAUGAG